UACCAGAGAUGUCUAGGUACCACAAAGCAGCGAUUGAUGGAUACGUGGAACUCUUGAAGGAGGCCACGGUGAAGGACCUGAACACGCCGGAUGAGGAUGGCAUGACUCCCACCAUACUGGCUGCUUUUCAUGGACAUAUCAGUGCUCUUCAGCUCAUAUGCAGCAGAAAAGGAGAUCCCAACAGGAGUGACAUCUGGGGAAACACACCCCUGCACCAUGCAGCAGGUAACGGCCACAUGCACAUCCUCAGCUUCCUGGUCAACUUCGGCGCCAACCUUUUUGCUCUGGACAAUGAAUUCCACACGCCAAUGGAUGUCGCCGCUUCUCGCGACCACAUGGAGUGUGUGCGCUUCCUCGACGCUGCUGCUGCAAAGCAGACCAACCAAAAUCCAAAAAAGGUCGCCAAUCUGAAGAAAGAGGCAGAAAAAGAGGCAGAGAAACGUGUGAAACUCUGUGAGAAGGUGAAGAAAAAACACAAGAGCAAAAUGGAUAGAAUGCAGCGUGGAAGCAACUCCGGCUCCUUUUCAGAUGCAGGAACGGCAUCGUCACUGUCAAACGAUGGCACCAUCACGGGCGUCAACGAACACUUCUCCAAGCUCAUCACUGACGAUAAAGUUGGCUCUAUUAAAGGCACACUCCUGAAGAAGUUUGGGAAGAAGGACAAAGGCACGCUGCAGAGGUCAGAAGGAAGUGGGAACGUUAUCUUCCUCAAACCAGAGAGCGGAUCUGAGAACCCAGACUUUGUGGACGUCUUCAACGAGCAGGACGAGAACAUGCUAGAAGAAAUGGACAGCUUCGGAGAUGACGACGACGAUGGAGGCCAAGUGAAACAAUCCAUCUUCAAUCGGCCCGGCCUUGGAGGUCUGAUGUUCAGGAAGAAGAUGGGGCUAGACUCUGACGACAUCCCCAGCAGUGCCAAUGAAAGCCUUGGUUACCUCCGAGAGGCGUUUAAUGUUGCUCAGGACUGCCGGAAGCUGGUUUGGUUGGUAUGUGGGAGAGCGAGUGGUCCUCCGCAGCAGUCACGACUAUGUGUAACAGUUUGCGUCCAAGAGUGCUAA